AUGGAGGUGACGCAGGAGGAGUGGGACAUUCUUUCAUUUGGAGAAGUCCUGAUGCAGAGACACUCCCCUGGGGUCCCCCACGAGGAGACCGAGACCCGUGAGGCCGAGACCCGUGAGGCCGAGACCAAUGGGACCGAGACCCAUGAGACCGAGACCCAAACCCAUGAGACUGAGACCCAUGAAACUGAGACUCAUCAGACCGAGCAGACCUCGUCGUGUGAACCGCCACAGAACCAGGAACCAGCUCAGAGCUCUUUGACCAAACCAAAGAAGAAGAAGAAGAGAAAGCAGAGACCGGCCCAGGACCUGCAGAGUGGGCUUGAAUGA